CCGCGGGGCUGCGGGUGCGGGUGCGGGGCUGCGGGUGCGGGCUGCGGGCUCGGGCGCCUGCGUCUGUCUGCCCAGUGCUGCCCGGCCCGCCCGGCUUGUCUCGGUCUCCUCCAGAGGUGGCACGGCCACCCGGAGGCCUCGAAGCGAAGCGUGGGAGCGAAGGAGAUGGGAAGCUCCCGGCCCCCACCGCUGGCUCCGAAGCCCCGAGACCUCCCCACUUAGAUCCUGUACCCCUUUAGUGACAGAGACCGACCCACCCACAAGCCCAAACCGAUGGCUAACGGAUUGAUUCCACCUCCCGGGGGCGCCUCUCCUCUACCCCAGGUCCGGGUACCAUUGAAGGAGCCCCCCCUGAGCCCUGGUGAAGAUGAAGAGGAUGAUGACCUGGGAAAGACCUUGGCCAUAAGCAGGUUUGGGGACCUGAUCAACAAACCUCCUGCCCGGGACCCUGAAAAACCAAGCCGAAGCUACAGUGAGAGAGACUUUGAGUUUCACCGUCACACAUCUCACCACACACACCACCCGCUGUCAACUCGACUGCCUCCCCCCCACAAGUUUCGUCAGCUACCUACCACCUCUGCCCGUCGGGCCAGGAGAAAGAAGAAGGAGAAAACCUCUGCUCCCCCUUCUGAAGGCACCCCUCCCAUCCAGGAGGAGGGAGGAGCUGGGGCAGAGGAGGAAGAAGAAGAGGAGGAGGAAGAGGAAGAAGAAGGGGAGUCUGAGGCAGAGACACUGGAUCAGGAACCCUUGCCUUCAGCAUCUCCAAGCAGAGCCAAAUUCUCCAUUGGGAGUGAUGAUGAUGACACUGUGGGCAUCUCACGGAAGAGUCUCUCUGCAAAGUCCUUGUCUCAGCCUGGUAUGGGAGUGGACCAUGACUCUGAACCCUCCAGCAGUCCCCUUGCUCCCCGGCCUCGGACCCCUCGAGGCAUGGAUGAGAAGGCCAGGCCUUGGAGUCCAUCAGCAAGCUAUGACCUUCGGGAGCGCCUGCGCCCUGGCAGUGCCCUGGACAGCCCAGGCAGCCUGGAACAGCAGGUGCCCACCGAUGAGGCUGAGGCCCAGAUGCUUGGCUCUGCUGACCUGGAUGACAUGAAGAGUCAUCGGCUGGAGGAUAACCCCGGAGUUCGGAGGCAUCUGGUAAAGAAGCCCUCCCGGAUGCAGGGUGCGAGGAGUAGCCCUAGCCUGGCUCCUAUUUUGAGGAGGAAAAAGAAAAAGAAGAAAAUGGAUCGGAGGCCUCAUGAGGUGUUUGUGGAACUGAAUGAGCUUGUGCUGGACAAGGCCCAGGAGCCUCAAUGGCGUGAAACUGCUCGGUGGAUCAAGUUUGAGGAGGACGUGGAAGAGGAGACCAAGCGUUGGGGGAAGCCCCACGUGGCUUCCUUGUCUUUCCGUAGCCUUCUGGAGCUGAGGAAAACCAUUGCCCGAGGGGCCACCCUCCUGGACCUAGAGCAGACCACCUUGCCUGGCAUCGCACACCUUGUGGUGGAAACAAUGAUCAUGUCAGACCAAAUCCAUCCUGAGGACCGAGCAAGUGUACUGCGCACUCUGUUAUUAAAACACAGCCACCCUAAUGAUGACAAAGAGGGAAGCUUUUUCCCCCGAAACGCCUCAAGCUCCAGUGUGAACUCCAUGCUGGGGAACCAUCACCCAACUCCAGGCCAUGUUUCUGACAAUGCUGUCCCCACUAUGGUGGAUGACCUCAGUGAACCAGCUCCACUCUGGCCCCAUAAUCCUGACGGCAGAGAGAAGCCCCUGCACAUCCCUGGAGGAGAUGGCCACAGAGGGAAAAGCUUGAAGCUGCUGGAGAAGAUUCCUGAGGAUGCUGAAGCCACAGUUGUGCUUGUGGGCUCUGUACCUUUUUUGGAACAGCCUGCUGCGGCUUUUGUCCGGCUGAAUGAGGCUGUGCUCCUGGAAUCCGUCCUUGAGGUCCCUGUGCCUGUCCGUUUCAUCUUUGUGACGCUGGGACCGAGAGAGGCUGGCACUGACUACCAUGAGCUGGGCCGCUCCUUUGCUACUCUCAUGUCUGACAAGCUAUUCCAUGAGGCUGCAUACCAGGCGGAUGACCGGCAGGAUCUGCUGGGUGCCAUCAGUGAGUUCCUGGAUAGCAGUAUCGUGAUCCCGCCGUCUGAGGUGGAAAGCCGAGAUCUGCUGCGGUCAGUGUCUGCCUUCCAGCGGGAGCUGCUCAGCAAGCGGAGGGAGCUGGAGAGCAAGACCCUGGUGGUUCCCCGGGGUGUGUACUCUGCUCCGAAAAAAGAAAUGUCAGUGGAUUUCGGAGGCAAUGAUGGGGGCCCGGAUGAUGACCCCCUUAAACGGACAGGCUACCUGUUUGGGGGAGUUAUCCGAGACAUGAGGUGCCGGUACCCCCACUACGGCAGUGACCUGACAGACGCAUUGCACUCCCAGUGCUUGGCUGCUGUGCUUUUUAUCUACUUUGCAGCUCUGAGCCCGGCUAUCACCUUUGGGGGGCUUCUGGGGGAGAAGACCGAGGGGCUGAUGGGUGUGUCAGAAAUGAUUGUCUCGACUGCCACUAUCGGUAUCAUCUUCUCCGUGCUGGGUGCCCAGCCGCUGCUUGUGGUGGGCUUCUCAGGACCAUUGCUCGUUUUUGAGGAAGCUUUCUUCAAGUUCUGCCAUGCCCAUCAGAUGGAGUACCUCACAGGCCGGUUUUGGGUUGGCCUCUGGCUCGUCAUCUUUGUGAUCGUACUGGUGGCCGUGGAAGGCAGCUUUCUCGUCCGAUACAUCUCACCCUUCACCCAGGAGAUCUUUGCCUUUCUCAUCUCCCUCAUUUUCAUCUAUGAGACUUUCCACAAGCUCUAUAAGGUCUUUAAGGAGCAUCCCUUACGGACCUUCUACCCUCCAGGAUAUGAAUGGUUAGAUUCUGGCCUAGACCUGAAUUCAAGCGCACUGCCUGCCACGGAGGCCUCACUAGACCCCCGGAACCAGCCCAACACUGCACUGCUUUCCCUCAUCCUCAUGUUCGGGACUUUCUUUUUUGCCUUCUUCCUGCGGAAAUUCAGGAACAGUCGCUUUCUGGGGGGAAAGGUACGCCGAAUUAUUGGGGACUUUGGGAUCCCAAUCUCCAUUCUGGUGAUGGUUUCAGUGGAUUACUUUAUUGUUGACACCUAUACUCAGAAACUGAUUGUACCCAGUGGGCUCUCGGUGACUUCCCCAGAGAAGCGUAAUUGGUUCAUCCCACCCUUGGGAAGUUCUCAAGCCUUCCCACCUUGGAUGAUGGCGGCAGCAGCUAUCCCAGCAAUCCUUGUCCUCAUUCUCAUCUUCAUGGAGACACAGAUCACUGCGCUCAUUGUCAACCAGAAGGCUCGUGGGCUGCUCAAGGGUUCAGGCUUCCAUCUUGACUUGUUGCUGAUUGGCUCUCUGGGUGGCCUGUGUGGGCUGUUUGGGCUACCCUGGCUCACAGCUGCCACUGUUCGAUCUGUCACCCAUGUUAAUGCACUGACUGUUAUGCGCAAGGCCAUUGCACCUGGAGAGAAACCCCAAAUCCAAGGGGUCAGGGAGCAGCGGAUCACAGGACUGCUCACUGCCUGCCUAGUGGGUCUGUCCAUUGUAAUGGGGCCAGUACUGCGUCGGAUCCCACUGGCUGUGCUGUUUGGAAUUUUCCUGUACAUGGGGGUUACCUCUCUGUCUGGGAUACAGCUCUCAGAGCGAGUUUUGCUUAUGCUGAUGUCCACAAAACACCAUCCUGACGAGCCGUAUGUGACAAAGGUGAAGACUUGGCGUAUGCACUUAUUUACCCUUAUCCAGCUGGGUUGCAUCGCAUUGCUCUGGGUGGUCAAGUCCACAGCCGCCUCACUGGCCUUCCCCUUUGUGCUGCUGCUCACGGUACCACUGAGGCAUUUCCUGCUGUCUCGAAUCUUUCAAGACAGGGAACUUCAGGCGCUGGACUCUGUAGAUGCCAGACCCAACUUUGAUGAAGAUGGCCAGGAUGAAUAUGAUGAGCUCCACAUGCCAGUGUAAAAACUGGAGAGGAGGGCCCUCAUGGACCAUUGGGAUGAGGGGGAAACCUAGAGAUUCCCCCCAGCCUAGAGAAUGGGGUCUGAGCAAGGACCCACAUCCACAGCUGAUGAGACAUGUUAUGGCUCAGAGAUGUGCCUGGCACUGUUACCAAUCCUCAAAGCAGAGUGACUUUCCUGACUUCCACCCAGGACACUGGUCCCUCACUUCCCAUGCCCCCAUUCCAGAUUGCCUUCAUCCCAAUUUAGCUUUGACCUCAUUACAACCAGACGACGUCUCAUCUUCUGUCUGA